CUGCUAAGGCGAUCGCUCUCCUCCCCUCUACUGCUCAAAGAGAUAAGAGCUGAGCAACUGCAACUGUGUCAGAGGACAGCCCAGUUCACCCACAGCCCUACAGGGACAAUGACCGACUCUGGUAAAGAGCUGAUUGAUGGUGAGAGCGACCGUCUUAAAAAGAGCAAAACAAAGCAAAAGGGAGAAGAUGCUUGGAAGCCAGAGGGACCUAAAGACCCAUUUGUCAUGCUGGAUUCUCUACCUGAGAAGAAACAGCAGGAGAUCCAAAAAGCCCUUCAUCUUUUUGGCAUGGCACCAAACCUGCCUAAGAGCCUGCACCAGGCCAAAACACAUACCUACCAUUUUUGGGACACACAGCCUGUCCCUAAACUAGGUGACAUCAUUACAACUUUUGGCCCAAUACAAGAGAGUGUGAACAGUAUUCGAAAUGAGCCCUACUCUCUACCACAGGGUUUUUCUUGGGAUACUCUGGACCUGAAAAGCCCAACAGUGCUCAGAGCACUUUGCAGUCUACUUAAUGAGAACUACAUGGAAGAGGACGACAACACAAUCAGAUUCGACUUUUCUCAGGAGUAUCUACAGUGGGCGUUGCAACCUCCAAAUUGGCAGUUUCAGUGGAACUGUGGUGUGAGAGUAAACACCAAUAAGAAGUUAGUUGGCUUCAUUGCUGCCAUUCCUGCUGAUGUUUGCAUAUAUGGGACGAAGAAGCGAGUGGCCCAGGUCAUGUUCCUGUGUGUUCAUAAGAAGCUGCGCGGCAAGCGUAUGACUCCAGUCCUGAUCCGAGAACUCACCCGGCGGGUCAACCAGCAGGGCCUCAAUCAGGCUGUCUACACAGCUGGAACAGUACUUCCUACACCACUCAGCUCAUGCAGUCAAUUACAUCGGCGUCUGAAUCCCCUUAAGCUGAUGGAGGUCAACUACCCAGGUCUGAGGAAGAACCUGAGCUCUCAGAGAGCUCUGAAAUUCAACAGAUUGCCCGAGGGGACCAAAGUACUGGGUCUGCGCCCUAUGACCAAAGACGACAUACCAGGGAUCCAUACACUUUUACAGACAUAUCUGAGCAAAUUUCCACUCAGUCCCCUCUUGUCUCUGCAGGAAGUAGAGCACUGGUUGAUGCCAAAGGAAAAUGUGAUUUACACCUACGUGGUGGAGGGUGACACUGGUUCAUUGACAGAUGUGGUGAGUUUCUAUAGCAUCUCCUACAAAGUGCUGAAUCACCCUGUCCACACCGUUCUCAGCGCAGCUCAUCUCUUCUACAUUGCUUCGUCUGCCACAGAGCUGACUGAGCUCAUGGAGGACGCUCUGGUCUUGGCUAAAUGUAACGGCUUUGAUAUCUUCACUGCUCUCAAUGUGAUGAAUAACAUGAGUUUUCUGGAAAAGCUCAAGUUCACUAUAAGUGACAAUAGUGUUCAUUACUAUUUGUACAACUGGAUGUGCCCCCCACUGAGUCCAGACAAGGUUGGACUGAUUUUACCCAACUAAUAUGUACUGGCGAGGAGGAAUGGACCAGCGUAAUCAACAAUAGAGACUAGAGGAUGUCAAAAACAACAUAUCUGUACUUAGUUCUAAUUAUGAAGAUGAAUUUAAAAAAUAAAAAACGCAAAAGAAAAAUGCAAAAAUGUGGGGAAAAUUUAAAUAAAAUUUUAUUUUUAAUAACAUAAAUACUA